UCACGACGGGGAUCAGUCAAAACACACGCACCAAGCACGUACUCCACUCCAUACCGCCGCCGACCGUGGGCACGCAUCGCAUGCAUGGGCGUGCCACUUUCAAGCCAGUGGAGUGACGGCUAACCAGGCCAGCCAACGCAACAGCAUUCCAUGGAGAAGAGCGUCCGCGCCACCGUGCCGCUCGCUGCCUUGGCACUCCUCGCCGUCGUAGCGGCGGCCGCCGCCGCGCAGACCGACAGCCGAGACGGCCCCAACAAGCCCCAGACGGCGCCGCUGCCGACGACGACGACAGGUGGCCAUGCUGAUCGAUUAAUCAACGAGAAGGUGACGCGAGGCAAGAUCGAGCGAGCCCUGGCUCGGUCCCGGUCGGCCAUCCGCCGGGCGGCUCGCGCGGCGCCGCCGUCGGACGAGAGAAUCCGCCGCCGCGGCUCCAACCUCGCCGGCGACGAUUACGUGCCGCGCGGCGCCAUCUACCGCAACGCCCGUGCGUUCCACAGGAGCUACGUGGAGAUGGAGAGGAAGUUCAAGGUGUGGACGUACAGGGAAGGGGAGCCGCCGGUGGCGCACCUCGCGCCGGGCACCGACAUCUACUCGAUCGAGGGGCAGUUCAUGUACGAGAUGGAGGACCGCCGGAGCCGCUUCGCCGCGCGCCGCCCCGGCGACGCGCACGCCUUCCUCCUCCCCAUCAGCGUCUGCAACCUCGUCCACUACGUCUACCGCCUCAACGCCACCGGCAACCUCGCGCCGCUCCGCCGCCUCGUCGCCGACUACGUCCGCGUCGUCGCCGAGCGCUACCCUUACUGGAACCGCUCCCGCGGCGCCGACCACGUCAUCGUGUCAUGCCAUGACUGGGCGCCGAUGGUGACCGGGGCGGACACGCGGCUGUACGGCAACGCGAUCCGUGUGCUGUGCAACGCCAACACGUCGGAGGGCUUCAGGCCGCGGAAGGACGCGACGCUGCCGGAGGUGAACCUCGCCGACGGCGUCCUCCGGCGCCCGACGUCCGGGCUGCCGCCGGAGAACCGCACCGCGCUCGCCUUCUUCGCCGGCGGCAGGCACGGCCACAUCCGCGACCAGCUCCUGCGGCACUGGCGCCUCGGGAGGAGGGGCGACGACCCGGACAUGCGCGUGCACGAGUACCUCCCCGCCGGCGAGGACUACCACGCGCUGAUGGCCGGCGCCCGCUUCUGCCUCUGCCCGAGCGGGUUCGAGGUGGCGAGCCCGCGGGUGGUGGAGUCCGUGUUCGCCGGGUGCGUGCCGGUGAUCAUCUCGGAGGGCUACCCGCCGCCGUUCAGCGACGUGCUGGACUGGGGCAAGAUGUCGGUGGCCGUGCCGGCGGCGAGGAUACCGGAGCUGAAGCGCAUCCUGGGCCGCGUGUCGGAGCGCAGGUACCGGGUGCUGCGCGCCAGGGUGCUGCAGGCGCAGCGCCACUUCGUGCUCCACCGCCCCGCGCGCCGGUUCGACAUCAUCCACAUGGUGCUCCACUCCAUCUGGCUCAGGAGGCUCAACGUCAGGCUCCCCUACUGAUCGCCGCCGCUUUACAUAUCUACACGCGCACUGUACCUGCCUCGUGUGUUUUGGCAAUUUCAGUAGGUUUUUGGCAAGAGUUUAUACUAGUCCAUGAUUGAAUGAAUGUUAGGUCACUCCUUUUUCGUUCCAUUUAAGGAUGUGUACUGUUAAGAUUUGCAAAUAACUCUCAAUAUAACCCCACAGUAGCCUCGUUUUCACCGAUCAAGCAUGAUGUAUGGGGUCGAUUGUUUGGCUUCUAAUAGAAAAUGUCCAAUGAUA